AUGGAAUCCACACGAACGACGGGCAGAGCGCGGAGACAGACAGGUUUCUGGCGAAGAGGAUGGGUUCAACAAUUCCUUUCCUGUUCUCCUUGUUCCUUACUGCCCACCUCCAAGGCCCAUCUGGGGCCCAGCCCAUCUCUGGGUCAGAACUAGCAGAUUUCAAGGAUCUUCUGCAACGGAUUGAAAGUCAAGUGAUGUUGGCAGAAAAGGAGGAAAUUGAACGCGAUCUGAAGGAAGCCAACGAAGGACCGGCGGGCGAUGCAGACCAGCUUAUCUCAUCCUGGGAUGGCGAAUACUCAAGACCCCCCAGCGAAGGCGGCGUUGGCCGCGUCAACUGGCAAGCCCCCGAAAGAGCCCCAGCGGCAGCCGUGCGAAACAAACUGGGGGGUUUUUUCCGUGCCCCCCGCAGGUUAUCCAGCUGCUUCGGACAACGGCUGGACAGAAUAGGGUCAGUGAGCGGACUUGGGUGCAGCAGAAGACACAAGUGAAACUGUGUGGAAGAAAUUACCUCAUAAGUAAAGGCAUUUUUGUUUCAUUAUGACGAAGAUUCUUCCUGCCAACAAAAAAAUUAUUACACUGAUUCCAGAGUAUCAGGAUUUUGCUCCAGCUCAAAUAUACCCCACAGUGCAGUUGUGAGGUCCAAGCAAAACCACACAGCACCUGUAAAUCAGCUGUUCUCAGGUUAAGAAUAGGAAACAAAUCCAACGUUUUACCCUAGUCACAUGAAUUUAAAUGAAUUUAAAGAUCUGCGUGCUUUCCCCUCCGAUCUAUGCAUUCAAUCUCCUGGAUAACUCGCCACUAGGAAUUUUUAAAUUCAGCACCAAGGACAGAGACAGGGUGAGUCCUUUCCACCCUGCCCAAUUUUUAUUGAUAAAUUAAGAGAAUGUAACAAUAUCUUAUCUUCUUCCCCAUAAAUAAAACCACUGAAGUAUGAAGAUAAGAGACUGUAACGGGGAAAAGUAUUGUUUUCCAAAAUUGUGCAGGCCAAGAAAAUAACCUUAAAAUGGCUUGUUGACAAAAUUCUGUACUAAGGUAUUUGUGGGAAAAUUUGAAUGAUUGUGCCUCCUCAUACUUUGAAUUAUUAAAGGAAUCGAUUUUGAGAGAGAUUUUUCAUCCCUUCUGGUUUGAAUAGGCACAUGAACAAGCCUUGUGCAAUUGCUGGGAUACAGUGAGAAGAUAUUUAAUUAUGGGCUUUAUUUAAUCUGCACACAACAAAGGCUUUGUGGAACACUGGUAUGAUUAAAUAAACAAGACUUUAAUGAC